UUCACCAACCAGUAGCUGGACCUUGGAUCUCAUUUUUUGAUAACAUGAGUCCUACUGCUCUCUAGCGUAACCACAGGGCUUUAAACUACACAUCUCCAUCAUUUCAGAUGCUCUUAACGUCUAGAUGGAGCCCUCAGACAUCCCGGAGACCACCACCUCUUUUGAGUAUGAUCCUCAGAGCUUUCUGUGUGAGAAGAAGACCUUCGUCUUCGCCACCUUCAGCACCACCAUCCUGUACUGCCUGGUCUUCUUUCUCAGCUUGGUGGGCAACAGCCUGGUGCUGUGGGUCCUGGUGAAGUAUGAGAGCUUGGAGUCCCUCACCAAUGUCUUCAUCCUCAACUUGUGUCUCUCAGACCUGGUGUUCUCCUGCCUGUUGCCCGUGUGGAUCCUGGGAUACCACUGGGGCUGGUUGCUGGGAGACUUCCUCUGCAAGCUCCUCAACAUGGUCUUCUCCAUCAGCCUCUACAGCAGCAUCUCCUUCCUGACCAUCAUGACCAUCCACCGCUACCUGUCCGUGGUGAACCCCAUCUCAUCCCUGCGCGUCCACACCCUGCAGCGCCGCAUGCUGGUGACCAUCGCCGUGUGGGCAGCCAGCGUCCUGUCCUCCAUCCCCGACGCCAUCUUCCACAAGGUGUUCCCUUCGGGCUGUGAUUAUUCAGAACGCGAGGGGUUCCUGGCCUCAGUCUACCAGCACAACAUCAUCUUCCUCCUCUCCGUGGUGAUCAUCCUGUUCUGCUAUGUGGAGAUUCUCCGGACCCUGUUCCGUUCGCGGUCCAAACGGCGCCACCGGACAGUCAGGCUUAUCUUCACCAUCGUGGUGGCAUACUUCCUCAGCUGGGCCCCCUACAACCUGAUCCUGUUUCUGCAGACACUGUUGAAACUUGGGGUCAUUCAGAGCUGCGAGGUCAGCCAGCAGCUGGAUUAUGCCCUGCUCAUCUGCCGCAACGUUGCCUUCUCCCACUGCUGCUUCAACCCUGUGCUCUAUGUCUUUGUCGGGGUCAAGUUCCGCAGACACCUCAAAAGUCUGCUCCGGCGCUUCUGGCUCUGCCGGCAACAGGCGCCCGGCCUUCCCCCAUCACCUCACCCCCCAGGUGCCUUCACCUAUGAGGGCAUCUCCUUCUACUGACGGGGAGUUUGAGGGGACAGGCAGAGGUGGGCAGAGGAGCUGGAGGAGGCGGGGCUGAAGGAGAAGUUGGGCAGGAAGGAACAUGGAAGGCAGGACACCGGGAAAUGCUACAGCUGCAGGUGUGGGAGUGAAAGAAAUACAUUACACCAGGGAGUCCCACAUGCCCCCUCUUCUGCAGAAAAUGUCCCCACCUGGAAAUUUUUUAUUGCCAUCCAGAAAAACGCUUCUUAGAUUUUAAGAAAAUUUUUAUCUCUUAUUCCCUCAUUUAUUCAUUCAUUUAGACAUGGAUUUCUUAUCCUUGCUUAGUUCAGAGGGCUCUAAAAUGUGAACGAAUUCCUAGAAAGGAACAUCCUUCAUGACUUUAUGAGGGUCUGAAAUUCCAUUGUGCAGAGGUUGCUGGCAAGACCAUCUCUCCCCUCCCUGAUUGUAGGGUUAUCCCUGCUGAUUUGGGAGGGGGUUGGCUCUGGGUGACUGCUGGAUGAGGCUGUCUGCAGGACAAAAGUAAUCAUAUCCUCAAACAAGGACAAUCAGAAUGAAAUCCAGAUUCUGAAAACCGACAACUGGACAGGAGACAUGUUCUGGGUCAUGGUACCAGUUUCUAGCACAUGAACUGGCACUUGCUUAUUUAGUCUAUGAAUCUUUUAUUGAAAGAAUGAAUGCAAUAAGUGCCACCUUCUGCAGGCAUUUAUUUGGAGGAUAUGAAGAUGAACGAGAUGCAGAUGCUACCCUCCAGGUGCCAACAGUCCAGCUCGGAAGGCCCAGAGAAGUAAACACCCACCUUGAUGAAGGCAUCCGGAGGGGGAAGACUCUGCUACAAUCUCCUCAUCUCCAGGUGGAUAUUGUGCUGACAUUUCUGAUUCAUCAUUUUCCAUCUAAAAUGUUCUCCCCCGUCUUGGUUGAUGGUACCAGCUUCCCCACAGUCACCCACACUCGGACUCACAUCACCUUUGAGCCCUGCAUUUCCUCUCCCUCCAGUCCCACGGCCAGAUCCUGUUGACGUUGCCUUCCGCAUGUCUCUCUAAUGCUCACGGCUUCAUCCCCAAACAGCCUCACUUCCUCCGCAUCUUCCUGUUGCUCAUUUCUUCCCCACCAAGGCUCCUCUGCAUUGACAUCAGGUUGCUUCAAAGCCUUAGUGGCUCCUCAUUACGUACAAGUAAAGCUGAAGACCUCAGCAGGUCGUUCAGGGCCCUUAUAAUCUGGUGCCAACUAACCUUCCAUUCUUUCUGCUUUUAUUCCAACCUAAGCCCCCUACCCCCAGGCAGCGUGGGAUCCAGCCACAAAAGGCCACUGGCCCUUUCCCAGACACCCUUCUCCCAGCCUCCUCUGGGCCUUUGUUGUGCUGGGCCUUCUACUCCCUAACCUGAAAUGCCCCAGCUGACAUGCCAGCUCCUUCAGGUGGCUGUCUGCAAUCUGUAAAUCAGAGGGGCACUCUCUGGGUUGCUUCUGCUCGUCCUCUCUAAAAAAGUCCGUGUCACUCUCCAAUGUGUUACACCCAUGGAUGUCUUAUCCCCCUGCCCCAUCAGACUGCAAACUGCCUGCGGGCAGGAACCUGAUCUUGCACCCUGCCAAGCAUGGGGCCUGGUGUUCUAUCACUGUGUACUGAGUGGGAGCAAAGAAUGACAGCUGUCAUUUUUCUUCCAGUUUAUGCUUUUUGGGCCGCCACGUCCAUGGGACACAUUUUACCUUGUUUGCCCCAGGCUGCUGCUUUAUAAAUAUUAACCUUUCUUCGCUAGUCUGCACUUACAUUGCUUAUCCCUCUCCGUGGCAAUGGCUGAACUUGCCCUGGCCUUUUAAUUAGUAGUACAUAUGCCUGCCUCUUACACUAUCCCACAGCUUCACAUCCAAGGACAUAGACAAAAGGCACCCUCUCAGCUUUUCCAUAUCCCACAGACCUGGUCCCAAUCUGUGAACCUGAUUCAGCUCUGGAGUGACCCCUUUGGAAAAAUGCCCCAGGUGAUUCUGCCAUGCACCCCAGUUAGGAACAUUUGGCUGCAACUCUUUGAAAAUAGGAAUUCCAGAGUCUUCUACCCCUUGAGCAGGACUUUGUACACAGCAGUCACUCCAUACAUGCUUGUUGAAUAAAGUAGUUCCUAAUGCAGCCCUUAGCUGAAGCCUAGAGAGCUUGUAAAGCACUUUCCCCUUCAGUUCCUGCUACAAUUUCAAUGAUCUGUUUGCCACUGGGUGGCCAGCCUUGAAGAAGUUUGACCUGGCUGGGGAAGAGUGAGGGUCUACUUUUAAGAAUUAGGCCUGUAGCACCUGUUGGAGAGGGCUGGGUGGGGCACCAGUGAAGGGAUAAAACUCUUGUGGCCUUACUAACCAAUUGGUGGGGACAUCACCCACCACAGAAGAAAGAAAUGGCCAAAAGAAAGGGGCAAUUAGAUAGUCCUGAGGUCAUAGCCAAGUCUGUGGGCUUCUGGUCAGCCUAAUCAUUCCACAUUCCUUCAAACUGAUAAUAUUAAAAUUUUAUUCAACUUUUAUUCAGACGGCAGGCUGAGCCCAGGGAGCAGAAGGGCAGAGGACUCCAGCUCACACACCCACUUCACCAAACCAAAGCACAACAGGUUUUGAGCCUACUCUUCUUAGAAGGCAGGUUGGGGGAUCUUGUGUCACUACAGAGUAUGCCCUUUGAGAUCAUCUCUCCACCAUCUCCUCACCCCAUCCCAUUCCUGAACAUCCCAAGAUGCUUAUCUAAGUGUUUCUUUCAACACCUACAGCCAUUUCCUGGGAGCACUUCAUUAGUACAAUUGUGUUUGUCUUUUUACAUUUCUGCUGAUGUUUUGGCAUCCCCAGUAGACUAGCUCCCAGGGUAAUCUUUAAUGCAGUGUCUUCUCCUAAUCUAGCUCCUUGAGACUCCAAAGGAAGAGGCACAGAGAAAGAGAGGUGUGAAUGGGAAGAUGGAGGGGCACCCCUGGGUGGAACAGCUAGCUGAAGGAAGCAGCCAGCCAGCUGUACACCAGUGACUAUGCUCCACCUUUGUUUAUCACACUCUUCAUGGGCCACAGUCUCCUGCUUUCCCUUCCCUCCACCCACUGAAACCGCUGCUCAACCUCAUCUGGACCACUGUGGGCCUCUCCCUCCUGCUCCAGGGCCCUGGACAUGGGGCUGCAGACUUUCUGCCAUUCCUGGAGCAAAAACAAUCCACAGUGGCUUCAAGGGAAUAUCCUCUUCACAGCAUUUCCACCUCCAUACUCUCUCAGACAAAAUCAGCAAGAGAAGAAGCUUGCUGAUCUCUAAAUAGGAAGGUGGCUCCAAGCCCAGGGCAGCCCCUGACCAGCUGGAGUAGAAGGUCCUUGAGGGCACAAGCCCCGUUUUGCAUAUCUAGAACAUCCCUCAGUACCCAACAAUGUUUGUGGUUGGUUAAGUAAGUGGAUAGGAGACCAUCUUUUUUAGCUUUUUUCUACUUUUGUUUCUUCUUCACACACUUGCUUAUGUUACAUCUUCCAGUUAAUACCAGGCACUGCCCAAUGGGCUUCCCAUGAACUCUUCUCCAGGGCCCACCAGCCAAGACAUCGCUUGGUUUGUUGAACCCCUAAUGGCUUUCAUUUGUGAAACCUGCCUGUGACCAGACAAAUACUAAUUACUCUUAAAAUCAUCUCAUAAAUAGAGAAAGCAUCAUGUAUCACAUAUGCAAAUA